AUGUCUCAACAAUCUUCACCCACUCUCAUGCAUGUCCCAGCUGAAACCAGUGGAUCUUCCUCCCCAACAUCUAGGGCAAACGAACCGUUUCAAAUGAUCAACCUGGCAGAUCUGGUCUUGAAUGUUGCCCCUCUAUCCAUGGUUCAUCCUCCUCCUCAGAAGAAAGUUAUUCCUUAUGUGUCAAAAAAUGUCAAGAAUUCUAGUAAGUCUUCUGAACCUAUCAUCCCUCAUAAAUAUAACAAUGUUGUUGAAGAGGAAUCUAGGUAUAAAGGGUAUGAAAUAAGAAACUCUAGUAUGCAUGAUGACGACACCGAAAAUCCCACGGAAGCAGAAAGAAAUGAAAAUGAUAAGGAACUUAGGAAGUUUGUUGCAUUUAUUUUGAAGGAAGUAAACUCAGAUGUUUUGCCAGAUGUUCAAACAUCUUUGGUAAAAGAUCUAAGCCCUGACAAUGGCUCUAGUGAAAAAUCUGAGGAAAGCGUUCCUGAACAUGCUGCUCGUGAGAGAAGAAGUAAAAAAAAAAGGGUGUUACAAAAAACAGUUGCAUUUGAAGAUUCUUCCUCCAAGGAAGUGAAGAGAAAAGUCGGUGGUUUGAAAGGUAUUCCUUCUAGAAUCUCCACAAGAAAAUAUCAUGUUGGACCUACUAGAUCAUGGAGUAAAGUUGUUACCCCUAAUAGAAAGAGGAAAGUUGUCUCUUUUAGUGAAUUCGAGUUUGAUGUUGAAAAGGAUGUCCAGGACAUCACGCCUAUAAAAAGAUCUUCUAACAAGAAGCCUCGUGAUGCUAUUCCCAAAGCUCCAUUGGACAAUGCUUCUUUACAUUAUAUGAAGAAUGCAGAAAGGUGGAAGUAUGUCAUUCAAAGGAGGUAUCCCUGGAAAGGGAAUUUGGGAAGGAUGCCCUUAAGUGUAAUUAGGUCAUGGAACUGA